UCCCAGGAUGCAACAGGAGGCUGCUCUGGCAUAGUUGCACUAGAGACGCAGCUCUCGCGAUACUUGCUUCCCUUUCACGGAAGUCUCGCGGGAGUCGCCUCGUCUUCCUUUGCUUAAUUCGGAGCCGACGAGAUGCCUUCAAGACUAAGAAAGACCAGGAAGCUGCGGGGUCAUGUCAGCCAUGGGCAUGGCCGCAUUGGUAAGCACAGGAAACAUCCUGGAGGACGUGGAAAUGCUGGGGGCAUGCAUCAUCACAGAAUUAACUUCGACAAAUACCAUCCUGGUUAUUUUGGAAAGGUUGGUAUGAGACACUACCACUUGAAGAAGAACCAGCACUUCUGCCCAACAGUCAAUUUAGAUAAGCUCUGGACACUUGUUAGUGAACAGACAAGGCUAAAGUAUGCUAAACAUCCAGCUGGAUUAGCACCUGUUAUUGAUGUUGUACGCUCGGGAUAUUAUAAAGUCCUGGGCAAGGGAAAACUUCCCAAACAGCCUGUGAUUGUGAAAGCAAAAUUCUUCAGUAGAAAAGCAGAAGAGAAAAUUAAAGGUGUUGGUGGAGCUUGUGUGCUAGUAGCAUGAAGAUUUUCUAUGUGUUUUCAGUUUAAAUAAACAUUGUUUCAGA